AUGCUGCUUGAGUGCCGCAAUCAAAAUGUUUCGCAUGGAAUACUUGUAAACGUAAUGGCUGGAUUUGAAGAUGUGCUGAAGUUGGGUCGACUUGUCGAGAAGCUUACCACAGUUGCCGGCUAUCAACAGGUGCCGGUUCCUCAAUGGCCUUUAUUGGCAUAUAUGUCAUGUGGUUUGGAACACGAGGAGGAAACUGACGAGGAAAUCGAUGAGGCCAACAUGUCAGAUCACUCGAAUGGCCUCGAUUGCAAAUCAAACGGAGGAAAGAUGACUGUUGAUCGUCCUCGCCCCAUCUUGAUGUUUGUCGAAGAGAAGGGUCAGGAUCCCUUUCAACUCAAACGGGCAACCCAAGAUUCCGUCACGAUCGCGGCUCCAUCAUUCACGUCU